AAAAUGACUGCAGAGGUCAGUGUUUUGCUGCAACUUUCACAAAAACGGAGUCUGCAGGUUUAAAUAACGGUACCAAUCCGGCAUUUCACUCUUCUAUUUUAGUGGCUAAUAUCUGUGUUUGCAUCCUAAUAUAAUAAGAGCAGACGUUAACAAAGACCAAAUAAGGCGAGAAAACUCGCGACGAACAAAGAAAAGACAGUGGCGGACCCUUUAAGGCCAUUUUGGAAUAAUUAAUUACGUCGAGCUGUAAACACCGCUGAGGCUGAGCUGCGUGGCCGAAUUGGACCCGAUGAGUCCUCCGAGGAAGGUGGCCGUAUUUUGUUGAGCUUCCCCGUCCAUCACCCCGCUCCCCCCACCUGCUCACCUCACCUCGACACGUCAUUUGCUUUUCCCGGGUCCAAAUCGACGGCGCUGACUCCAGUAGACGAAUGCCAUGGCUCGGAAGUCGGACAUUCCCUCCAUAUACUAUGGUGAGCCACACAAGUUUGACCCCAAGUUCAGAGGGCCAAUUCAUAACAGGUCCCGCACGGAUGUGGUGUGCUGUGUUGUUUUUUUCAUCUUCAUCUUCGGAUACAUGUUACUGGGAUUUAUUGCCUGGUUCAGCAGCGAUCCCAAGAAGAUUGCAUAUCCAACAGACAGCUACGGGAAGAUCUGUGGUGAGAAGGAAAAUAUGAACAAAACAUUUUUGUACUACAUGAACAUGUUAAAAUGUGUUAGCAUCGAAACAGUGUUUAACUUCGAGUGUCCUACAGUCCGUCUCUGUGUCGAGAAGUGCCCUGUCAAAUAUGAAAAACUUUCAGAAGCCAAGAAGGAUCCAGAGAAAUGGAAGAUUUACAAGCAAUACUGCAAACCAGAAACUGACGAGAACAACCCGUAUACGACCCUCAUUGCAAAGGACGACUGCCCAGCGAAUCUCUUUCCAAGCAGACCUUUUCUUAAGCGAUGCACUUUAGCGGUGAAUGCCAACAAUACAGAACUGUUGAAAAAUCAGACAAGGAAUGGCACCACAGUUUCUGAAAAUUUUACUUCGAAUUUCGUUGAGGAUUUAGCGCUUUCCUGGAAAUGGAUUCUGUUAUGUCUUAUAUUUGCCUUGCUGGUCAGCCUGUUUUUUAUCCUGAUGCUGCGCUUCAUUGCUGGUGUGCUGGUGUGGGUCUUCAUCAUUGCUGCCCUUGGUUCUAUCGGCUAUGGUAUCAUCUACUGCACUUUGAAGUACAAAAAUCUUUCUGAGACGGAGGGUGGAGACAUCACCAUCUCACAAAUAGGCUUCCAGACAGAUGCUAAUGUUUACCUGGACCUCAGCGAGACGUGGUUAAUUUUCUUGAGUGUGCUGUCUGUGAUCGAGGGCAUACUUUUGAUUGUGCUGAUUUUCCUGAGGGAGCGACUGGCAAUCGCCAUUGUGCUGCUGAAAGAAUCAAGUAGGGCCAUCGGUUACGUCAUGUCUGCUCUCAUCUUCCCCAUCUUCACCUUCUUGCUGUUGAGCAUAUCCAUCGCCUAUGGAGCUGUCGUAGCAAUCUGUUUAUCUACAACUGGGGUCCCCAUCUACAAGAUUUUGCCUAAAGAUGGUUGCGUGUUAGAGAAUGAUGCGUGCGAUCCAAAGACAUUUAAUGAAUCAACCAUGACCGGCAAGUGCAGUGGCUCCAAGUGCUUUUUCUCUCACUACGGUGGCGAGAACUUCUUCCAACGCUACACGCUUGUCUUCCAACUCUGCAAUGUGUUUAUGUUACUGUGGCUGGUCAACUUCAUCAUCGCGCUCGGCCAGUGCACUAUGGCUGGAGCCUUUGCUUCCUACUACUGGGCACUGAGGAAGCCCAAAGACAUCCCUCCUUGCCCGAUCGUCUCGUCUUUCAACAGAGCCAUAUAUUACCACACAGGCUCGCUGGCCUUGGGUGCCCUCAUCCUCUCUGUGGUCCAGAUGAUCCGCUUAGUUCUCGAGUACCUGGAUAAAAAACUGAAGGGUUCCCAAACGGCUUUUGCUCGCUUCAUGAUGAGCUGCCUCAAAUAUUGUUUCUGGUGCCUGGAACGUUUUCUCAAGUUCCUCAACAGAAACGCAUACAUCAUGAUAGCAAUAUAUGGAAAAAGCUUUUGCACCUCCUCCAAGGAUGCAUUCUUCCUCUUGUUGAGGAACGUUAUUCGGGUGGCUGUUCUUGACAAAGUGACAGAAUUUGUAUUAUUUCUUGGAAAACUGCUCGUUACAGGAAGUAUUAGUGCACUUGCAUAUUUCUUCUUCUCCAAUCAAAUACCCCUUGGCAAAAUCAAGGUGCCCGUCUUAUACACUUACUGGGUCCCUGUGGUGGUGGUGGCAUUGGGAUCAUUCGUAAUUUCGAGUGGCUUUUUUAGUGUUUACUCCAUGUGCGUGGACACAUUGUUCCUGUGCUUUUGCGAAGACCUAGAGAGGAACGACGGAUCUGCCUCCAGGCCCUACUACAUGUCUCCGGAGCUGCGCAAAAUCUUGCACAAAGAGAAUGAGGUGGAGAUGUAUGAGUCCGUGUACGAGUCCGUGUAUGAGUCCAAGCAAGAGUCCAUGUACGAGUCUGAGUCAGAGUCCAAGUCAAAACAAACUGAUCAAUGAAGCUCACCUUCCUUUUUUAUCGGCUUGUUGGAGCAACAACUUUUCAAUGGGAGUCAUCUCUGUUGAACUAGUCACUAUCUUCAUUGUACGACGUGCGUCCAUUUUUUGGGUGUUCUUUCUGUUUUCCUGCAUUCUCUGCCUUACCCAAGCACAUGCCGCAAUGAUGAUUAUAAAGACAAAAUGAAUGACCUUGUACAGUGGUCCCAUUGGCACAAGCCAAUCAACUUCUUCAAGGUGAGGCGCACUUUGGUCUUCUGAUGUAAUAUCAUUUUGUAUGCUCUUUCCCUUCUGCAAAGGACCGUUAAGCUACAUAGACUAAAAUAAGCCCGCAACAUGAAUACUUCUGAAUUGACCUUUUGCAAAAGCUCCGCCCCCUUACUGUUGCUAGAUCGUCAAGCAUUGUUGUUUUCGUCAACUAUGACGAUAACGAAAAUAUUUCAUUGACGAACAAUUUUUAUAUGACGAUAUCGAGUCAAUAACGCGCUAAAAAUAUGUCUUGGAACACUAAAAUAUAACGAGACUAAUGGCUAUUUUCGUCUGAUGAGACGACAACGAGAUGAGUAUGAUUUUAAUUUUCGUCCGAUGAGAUGAAAAUGCAACAUAUUUUCUGUCAUAUUGUGUUUUUAGCUUGCUUUAAGUAAGCACAAAAGUCAUGUUCAGUUUUAAAACACCCUCACAAACAACCCACUCACUCAUGUCAUGCGUUUGACAACUAUUUAAAAUGAUGGUGCCACUUGAAAAAGUGUACCCAUACGCUUGUAAACACACCAAUAGGAGCGCUGCGAUUGUGCCAAUAGGAGCAUCGCGUUGCUACACUACUGUUUGGGCAACCCAAGCAGUUUAUCUGACUAUAGGUAACUCCUACCACCAGCUGAACAUGAUAAUCAAUAGGAAAUUUACACAAUUAACACAUCAAUAGGAAAUUACAACCUCAAACUGGUUGCUGGAACGCAGUGUUGUUAAUAACGGCGUUAGAGGACAACGGCGUUAUUAACGGCGUUAUUUUUUUCAGUAGUGAGUAAUCUAAUUAAUUACAUUUCUCAUCUUGGCAACGCCGUUGGUGAGGAUGUAAAAACAUGUCCAAAAUGCGGCCCGCGGACAAAUUUCAUCCGGCCUCCAGCCUUUGUCAUAAAAUCAAUAACGUCUCGCACGCACACAGACUUAAUAAACUGGUCAGCAGUACUGGUACCAGCAUAUGAAGUUGCUUACACACUAAAUGCUGCUCCUCAUUACCGACUAAAAGGCAGCAGCACUCUAAGCAACAUUACCCUGUGUGACCCUUAACUCCCAAUUUUCUAAAACGGUGACAAUCAACAAAAACAAGAAAGUUGACAAUUCGACGGCCGACGCUUCAAGGAUAGUUGGAAAUUGGACCAUUUCUUCACUAAAAUACACAACAACUGUGUCUGCCUCAUUUGCAAAGAAACAGUCACUGUGUGUGAGGUGAUAUUACCAAACAAGACACGCUGACAUGUACGACAAGAUUACAGGGAAGAUACGUAGCGAGAAAUUGAAGCAACUUGAAGCUAAUCUAAUUUCAGAGCAGCAAUAUUUCGCAAGAGCCCGAGAGUCAAAAGAGUACACCACAAAGGCUAGUUGUGAGAUUGUUGAAAUUAUUAAUUUGAAAAAAAAUAAAUAAAUAAAGCAAAUGUGACACACAGAAUGGCUUACUAAAAUUUGCUUAAAUAUAUUUUUCUACUUAAAGGACGUCAGCCAAGGUCGGCCCCCCACAUUUUUACCACACCAUAUCUGGUCCCUUUUGCAAAAAGUUUGGACACCCAUGAUGUAAAGGCAUACGUUACUAUGCGUUACUACGUUGGUUGAAUGACGUGAGAAAAGUCUGAGAAACACGGACUAACGGAGACGAGAGACAGGCGGAGUAGGAGGGAGGGAAGGUAGUUGUGAUUCCGUUGCAAAUGCGAUGCUAGAUUACCUGGGUAAUGACAAUGCUCAACUCGCGGCUCUGGCUCAACUCAUGCUGCUAGAUUAUAAAAAAAAAAAAAAAAAAAAAAAAAAAAACAA